CCUAUGACUUGAAUAAAAAAAACAUUUAUCUUCUGUUUUUGUUUUUGAAUAGUUUCCUAUUAAUUCUUUUGUUAUUCUAUUGUAGAUAUCACUUUCUUUUUUAUUUGGAUUCAACUCUAUAGAAGAUUUACCAAUGUUUAACAAUAUCGACUGGUUUGAUGAUAUAUUUGAUAUUGUCAAUAUAGAUGGUGACAAGGAUGAUGAUCAACAAGAAGUUGAACGUGCGAUUAUCGAAGAUUAUUAUGAAGAUUUAAAUUUAAAUUCGGAUCAAGAAUAA